UUCUUUCCUGUGUUCUUCGCUUCUGGUUUUCUUCCUUUCUACCAAAUAAUAAAUAAUAUAUAUUGAAAGCUAAAGCAAUCGGCCAUCGUUUUAAUUUGUUAAGAUUGUGCGAUUUUUGCUUUUUAAUUUGUUGUGUUCGCUUGAACUGAUCCUCUCCUCUGCGGAUCUGAAUCUCGGUUUGUCUAUUCACGUCCUCCCUCCUGCCGACGCAUACAUCGAGCAGUAGGGGAAGCCAUAGUGAUACUUCUACAAGGCAAGACUUGAAGAACAUAAACCCAUCAGAGUAAUGGCCAACAUAGACAUAGAAGGAAUCUUGAAUGAAAUCCCCAACGAUGGUCGUGUACCCAAGACAAAGAUCGUGUGCACCCUUGGCCCAGCCUCUCGGAGUGUGCCAAUGUUGGAGAAGCUUCUGAGGGCUGGCAUGAAUGUUGCCAGGUUCAACUUCUCACAUGGUACCCACGAGUACCAUCAAGAAACCUUGAACAAUCUGAAAAUUGCCAUGCACAAUACUCAGAUCUUGUGUGCUGUUAUGCUUGAUACCAAGGGACCUGAGAUCCGAACUGGUUUCCUAAAGGAUGCUAAGCCUAUUCAACUCAAGGAAGGUCAGGAUAUCAUUGUAACCACUGAUUACAACAUAAAGGGGGAUGAGGAGAUGAUCUCCAUGAGCUACAAAAAACUGGCAGUUGACUUGAAACCUGGGAAUACCAUCUUGUGUGCAGAUGGCACUAUUACUUUAACUGUUUUGUCAUGUGAUCCAGCUGCCGGAACUGUGAGAUGCCGUUGUGAGAACACUUCCACACUAGGUGAGAGGAAGAACGUGAAUCUUCCUGGUGUUGUGGUGGAUCUUCCUACUCUCACAGAGAAGGAUAAGGAAGAUAUCCUGGGAUGGGGUGUUCCCAACAAGAUUGAUAUGAUUGCUCUUUCUUUUGUGCGGAAGGGGUCAGAUCUUGUUAAUGUCCGCAAGGUCCUUGGAUCCCAUGCCAAGCAUAUUCAACUGAUGUCAAAGGUUGAAAACCAGGAGGGAGUUAUCAACUUUGACGAAAUCUUACGUGAGACUGACUCCUUCAUGGUUGCCCGGGGUGAUCUGGGAAUGGAAAUCCCUGUUGAAAAGAUCUUCUUGGCGCAGAAGAUGAUGAUUUACAAGUGCAAUCUUGCUGGCAAGCCAGUGGUAACUGCCACUCAGAUGCUUGAAUCCAUGAUCAAGUCUCCCCGGCCAACCCGUGCCGAGGCCACAGAUGUAGCCAACGCUGUCCUGGAUGGCACUGACUGUGUCAUGCUUAGUGGGGAAAGUGCAGCUGGCGCUUAUCCCGAGAUUGCUGUGAAAAUCAUGGCUAGAAUUUGCAUUGAAGCUGAAUCCUCUCUGGAUUAUGGGGUUAUCUUCAAAGAGAUGAUAAAGUCAACUCCACUGCCCAUGAGCCCAUUGGAGAGCCUUGCAUCCUCAGCUGUACGUACUGCUAACAAGGCCAAGGCGAAACUGAUUGUUGUACUGACCCGUGGUGGGACUACAGCGAAACUGGUUGCCAAGUAUCGGCCAGCUGUUCCAAUCCUCUCAGUUGUAGUGCCAGUUUUGACAACCGAUUCGUUUGAUUGGACCGUGAGCGAUGAGGCCCCUGCAAGGCAUAGCCUGGUGUACAGGGGCUUGAUUCCACUGCUUGCGGAAGGAUCCGCGAAGGCCACUGAUGCAGAAUCCACCGAGGUGAUAUUGGAAGCCGCCUUGAAGUCAGCGACAGAGAAGGGCUUAUGCCAGGCCGGCGAUGCUGUCGUGGCGCUUCACCGAAUCGGUGCUGCCUCUGUUAUUAAGAUCUGCCUAGUGAAGUAACUGGGGAAUAUGGACGGUAUGUGUAGAUUGGCUCCAGGAGGCUGCCAAUCCCAAUAUAAUAGCGCGCUGAUAAACCUCCAUUUUGCUGGGUGAUACUUGUUAUGCUUUGACUGUGGUAUGCAUGCAGUGCCUAAGUAUGUUAACCUUAUUAUGUUAUUUUCCCAUUUUACCUUUUGAGAUAUCGUGGCUUUUCAUCACAGGUGCUGGUGGAUUAGCCCUCUCCUUCCCCUACACUUUGGUUAACGCUCAUUGACGUUAUUAGUUAAAGUUUUUGUUCUAGUCGGAGUCUCUUUCGUUUGAUGGGUAUGGUGGAUUGGAUCAUCAUAUCAUAUCAUAUAUUCUACCAUCAUGGCCUGCACUUAAAUAAGAAUGGAGCCUUCCUGUUGUUAGUCUA